AUGAGACCUUCUACUGUUCCAAAGUUGGCUCCACUAUCACGUUUGAGGAGCUUCUUAAAAGGCCGACAAAGAGAUGAUUUCCGCGGCGGUGCCAUCGAAAUUUCACCACGACUACCUAAUGAGCGAAUGUUGUCCAUUCAGUGCAGUUUGACAAUGGUUCUGCCUGCACCAACUUGUCCACCCCGUCCUUGCCGGCUAGGAUCAGCGGAAUGA